UCCACUAUCCGAUGAUCCUCACGUUAUGUUACAUUCCAGGUCACAGUCACAAUGCCCUCUGGCCUUUCUCUCCGCCGCUGUGCAGUCCUCCUUUCUGUCUUCAGUACCUUUUGCUCCUUGAACAGCAUCUGUUCAGUCUUUAUACUUUCUUUGUCCAAUGUUUUAAAAAAUGGAGGAACAAAUGGAAUGUUACGAAUGUGUCUCCCUCGGCAUAUUCGAUCCGAUGGAUCUUAUAUCACCCAUGUUUGUAUGCUCGUGCUAGUACUCUCAUUUACGGUCGUAUGCCUUCGCAGGCCAGAAUUAGUCGGAAGCCUGACUGCCAAGGUUGCUCAUGAUCAACCCGGCACGGUAUUUUCUCCGGAUGUUAUUCACCAUGUCCUACGCGUGGCUCUGGAAGACUUAUGUACUGCUUGCACGAGGUGUCAAUCUCUCUAUACUAUCCAGUGCAGUGUUCGACAACACCCUCAUUCUGACUGCCACUUCAAGUUUAUCAUCCUUCAUCUAAGAGAUCGUUUUUUUGUUCUCUGCGUCUAUGAUCCAAUAAUCUAUUGUUCAUAAGAACAAGGAAGGUCUGCUUCGGUUUUAUGGCUGUCAAUUCCUGACGGCGUUAGAAAUUCGAUGCCUCGACUCAGAGAU